AUGCAGACCAUCAAGUGUGUCGUCGUCGGAGACGGUGCGGUCGGUAAGACCUGCCUGUUGAUCUCGUACACCACCAACAAGUUCCCCUCGGAGUACGUUCCCACCGUCUUUGACAACUACGCCGUCACUGUCAUGAUCGGCGAGGACCCAUACACGCUCGGAUUGUUCGAUACCGCCGGUCAGGAGGACUACGACCGAUUGCGUCCGCUCUCGUACCCACAAACCGACGUCUUCCUCGUCUGCUUCUCGGUCACCUCGCCAGCGUCAUUCGAAAACGUCAAGGAGAAGUGGUUCCCCGAGGUGCACCACCAUUGCCCCGGUGUGCCUUGCCUUAUCGUCGGAACCCAGGUGGAUUUGCGCGAUGACCACGCCGUCAUCGAGAAGCUCGCACGAUCAAAGCAACGCCCCGUGCCCUUUGAGGCCGGUGAGCGAUUGGCGAGAGAGCUGGGUGCUGUCAAGUACGUCGAGUGCUCGGCGCUGACGCAGAAGGGAUUGAAAAACGUGUUCGACGAGGCCAUCGUCGCCGCGCUGGAGCCACCUGUGAUUCGCAAGAAGUCCAAGUGCGCUAUCCUCUAA